GACAUCACUUUACCAGUGGCAGAUUUUUGAAACAUGGGAGUUUAAGAGUUAAGUCCCAGUUUUUCUUUCUGCCUCUUCUUUGCAGGCUCGUCGUAUUCUAGACAUUACUCCUGUGAAGGAACUUGUGAACCUGAAGUGGAACACAUAUGGGCGUCCUUAUUUCUAUUUCCUGGCUCUGUUUUAUGUCCUCUAUAUGAUCUGCUUCACGAUGUGCUGUGUUUAUAGACCACUGAAAAGUCGUCCAGACAAUCAGACGGGCGAGCGGGAUAACACCAUCCUUGUGCAGAAAACACUGCAGGAAUCAUAUCUGACAUAUGAGGAUCAACUCAGGCUGGUGGGGGAGUUAAUUACAGUGAUAGGAGCCAUGGCAAUUUUACUCCUAGAGAUUCCUGAUAUUCUAAGAGUUGGAGCCACAAAGUAUUUUGGACAAACUGUCCUGGGAGGACCUUUCCACAUAAUAAUCAUUACAUAUGCCUGUGUGAUCUUGAUAACCAUGGUAAUGCGACUGACAAGCACAGAAGGAGAAGUGGUCCCUAUGUCCUUUGCCCUGGUGCUGGGCUGGUGCAACAUCAUGUAUUUUGCACGAGGCUUCCAGAUGCUUGGGCCCUUCACCAUCAUGAUACAGAAGAUGAUAUUUGGUGACCUUAUACGUUUCUGUGGGCUAAUGGCUGUUGUGAUAUUUGGCUUUGCCUCAGCUUUCUACAUCAUCUUCCAGACAGAAAAUCCGAGCAAUUUGGGACAAUUCUACAAUUAUCCCAUGUCUCUCUUCAGUACCUUUGAGCUCUUCCUUACCAUCAUAGAUGGACCUGCCAACUAUGAUGUAGAUCUGCCAUUCAUGUUCAGUGUGGUGUAUGCUGCCUUUGCCAUCAUUGCUGCUUUGCUCAUGCUCAAUCUGCUCAUUGCCAUGAUGGGUGACACUCACUGGCGAGUAGCUAAUGAACGGGAUGAGCUUUGGCGAGCACAGGUUGUUGCUACUACAGUCAUGCUGGAACGGAAACUCCCGCGAUGUCUUUGGCCUCGGUCUGGUAUUUGUGGGCAAGAGUAUGGGCUAGGAGACAAGUGGUUUCUCAGGGUGGAAGAGCGUCUGGAUGCCAGCAAACAGAAGAUGUUACGCUAUGCAGAAGCAUUUAAAAACCAGGACAAGGAGGAUUUUGAUAGGUUUUCUGGGAAACUACACCUUGAACCGUUCCAAUUCAAGACAGAAGCAUCUCCAUCAGUCUCACGAAGCACUACUCUGAGUAGUUGCCACCGUGGUUGGCAAAUCCUGCGGCACAACACCUUCAGCCACCUUCGCGGGGAAGUGAAUCAUGCUUUGGAAGAAGAGGUCUACCAUGUCUGA